ACUUCCAGCUUUUUCUGUUUAUGGGGUACUGAGGAGUCGAACCCAGGGCUUCAAUGCAUGCUAGACAAUCACACUACCUCUAAGCCACAUUCCCAGCCCACACCCACAUUCUUGAAGCCCUCCCCUUCUAGAUCAGCUUCUUCUGGCCCUUUUCCUGCUCCCACACUGCCUCCUAAACUUCUGGGGCUCUGCCACCCUAGCUCAGUGCUGGGCCCACCCACACCACCCUUGGAUGCUGACUUCCAGUCUCUCCACCCAGUGCGUGAGAGGUAUUUUUGCUCUUCUCAAAAGCACCUGUUUCUCCCCAAGCAAGCUUCCCCUGUCAUGUUAAGGGUGACACACCAUCCUGGCACCCCAGCCCAGACUCCUACCAAGUCCUCUCCACUAGAACCCUGGCUGUAUGAGGUUUUGCCAGUUCCCCUUUCCCAAACUCUGCCUAGGCCUUCCCACUGGUUCCAGACCUCAGUUCAUUCACCUUCCAUCCUCCUAGUCCCAGCCGCUCUACCUCUUUGUGUAUCCCUGAGGAAACACUCAGGGAUGGUAAGAGAAAGGGGGCAUGUUUAGGGUAGGAAGAAGUUUCAAAGUCUAAAGGUAGCAAGCAGUUAGGACUGUGCUUGCUGGUGGAGGCAGAGCAGGAUCUAGGGAGUGGCAAGAGAGGCCUGGAGCACAAAAUUUAAUGAGACAGCUCUCUCAGGGUGGUAUACCUGUCCACGCUGCACUUCAGUUGUGUCAUAGAUGCCUGUCAUGCCCCAGCCUCAUUCCAGCUUACAUGUGGGACUGGACUGGCCCUAGGGAGGAGGGUAGCAGUUUUUUGCCUUCUCCACACCUUUGAGAACAAAGCUGAGAGAACAGAAUUCUACAAGGGCAGUAGAUCAACCUAGUGGUAAACUUUCCCACCAUCUAGGGCUGUUACUACUCAGAACACACUGAAGGGCAAGCUCCCUUGGUCUGGAGUCUGAUAGGAAGGACACAGCAUUAUAACUGGCAUGAAUGUAGUUCAGAGCACUUGCGGGAAUGCCACCAGGGCCCCCUCACCUUAGAGAAGGGGGGGCUCCCUUCCUGGUUUCUGCUGGGAUUAGGUGCUAGAGUUCUGAAGGGUGACCCCUCUCGUUUCUAACACAUGUAUCCGAGCAUCUAGACAGCAAGUGGCACUGUCUAGUGCCCCCCUCCCCCCCAUCUGCUGUAUUAUGCAGGUUUCUGAGACAGGUGAGGAGCUGAAACUAAAGAACCAGGAAGUGGGGCUUCUGGAAGCCCAGGGGAGAAAACUGCCGUCCAGGAUGACUCGGUCAGCUCGUCCGAAGUCGCGCCGCUGGUUCGGGCCGAGCCCCGACUGCGAGAGUGAGCCCCUUGGCCCCUGCAGACCGGGCCUCCGAGGGUCCCAGGCUUGAGGACCCGUCGGCCCCCCACCCCCUUGGAAAGUGCCCCCCUGGCUUAGUCAUGGCGAAGCUGGAGACACUGCCUGUGCGAGCUGACCCAGGACGGGAUCCCCUCCUGGCCUUUGCCCCACGGCCUUCAGAACUUGGCCCUCCAGAUCCCCGCCUGGCCAUGGGCAGUGUGGGCAGUGGGGUGGCCCAUGCCCAGGAGUUCCCCAUGAAGAGCGUGGGCACCCGCACAGGGGGUGGGGGCAGCCAGGGCAGUUUUCCUGGCCCCCGAGGCAGUGGUGGUGGGGCCAGCAGGGAGAGGCCCAGCCGCUACCCCUCAGAAGACAAAGUUCUCGCCAACUCCCUCUACCUCAAUGGCGAGCUGCGGGGCAGUGAUCACACAGAUGUCUGCGGCAAUGUGGUGGGCAGCAGCGGUGGCAGCAGCAGCAGCGGCGGCAGUGACAAGGCCCCGCCACAGUAUCGUGAGCCUAACCACCCACCCAAGCUCCUAGCCACCUCUGGCAAGCUAGACCAGUGCUCAGAACCACUAGUUCGGCCAUCAGCCUUCAAGCCUGUUGUACCCAAGAAUUUCCAUUCCAUGCAGAACUUGUGCCCCCCGCAGACCAAUGGGACCACUGAGGGACGACAGGCCCCAGGUGGCCUCAAGGGAGGACUGGACAAGUCUCGGACCAUGACCCCAGCGGGUGGGAGUGGAGGCGGUCUCUCAGACUCAGGCCGGAACUCACUCACAAGCCUGCCCACCUAUAGUUCCAACUACAGCCAGCACCUGGCCCCCCUCAGUGCUUCUACCAGCCACAUCAACCGCAUUGGCACUGCCAGCUAUGGUAGUGGCAGCAGCGGUGGGGGGUCAGGCUACCAGGACCUGGGCACCUCUGACAGUGGGCGGGCCUCCAGCAAGAGUGGGUCAUCAUCAUCCAUGGGGCGGUCAGGCCACCUGGGGUCGGGGGAGGGUGGAGGUGGAGGCCUACCAUUUGCAGCCUGCUCACCACCCUCACCCAGUGCACUGAUCCAGGAGCUGGAGGAGAGGCUGUGGGAGAAGGAGCAGGAAGUGGCAGCUCUUCGGCGCAGCCUGGAGCAGAGUGAGGCUGCCGUGGCCCAAGUGCUAGAAGAGCGGCAGAAGGCGUGGGAGCGUGAGCUGGCUGAGCUGCGACAGGGCUGCAGUGGGAAGCUGCAGCAGGUGGCCCGCCGUGCCCAGCGGGCCCAGCAGGGCCUACAGUUGCAAGUGCUGCGGCUGCAGCAGGACAAGAAGCAGUUGCAGGAGGAGGCGGCCCGGCUGAUGCGGCAACGGGAAGAGCUAGAGGACAAGGUGGCCGCCUGUCAGAAGGAGCAGGCCGACUUCUUACCCCGGAUGGAGGAAACUAAGUGGGAGGUGUGUCAGAAGGCUGGUGAGAUUUCCCUCCUGAAGCAGCAGCUGAAGGACUCGCAGGCUGAUGUGUCACAGAAGCUGAGUGAGAUCGUGGGGCUCCGCUCGCAGCUGCGAGAAGGCCGGGCCUCACUGAGGGAGAAGGAGGAGCAGCUGCUCAGCCUGAGGGACUCCUUCGGCAGCAAACAGGCUAGCCUGGAGCUGAGUGAAGGAGAGCUACCCACUGCCUGCCUCAAACCGGCGCUGACCCCCGUAGACCUGGCUGAGCCUCAAGAAGCACUGGCCACUUGUGAGAGCGAUGAGGCCAAGAUGCGUCGGCAGGCUGGGGUGACAGCUGCUGCUUCCUUAGGUUCUGUGGAUGGGGAGGUAGAUGCUGGUGGGGAGAAUGGGACACGGGCCCUGCGGAGGGAGGUGGGGCGGCUGCAGGCCGAGCUGGCAGCUGAGCGGAGGGCCCGGGAGCGCCAGGGUGCCAGCUUUGCAGAGGAGCGCCGGGUGUGGCUGGAGGAGAAGGAGAAGGUGAUCGAGUACCAAAAGCAGUUACAGCUGAGUUACGUGGAGAUGUACCAGCGCAACCAGCAGCUGGAGCGGCGGCUGCGGGAGCGUGGAGCCUCAGGGGGUGCAAGCACACCUACCCCCCAGCAUGGCGAGGAGAAGAAGGCCUGGACCCCCUCCCGGCUUGAGCGCAUCGAGUCCACAGAAAUCUGAUCCUUCACCUAGGCACAUGGCCUUCUGACACAUCCCCUGUCAGAAGGCCAGAGGUCCUAGUAUCCCCUUCCCUCCAUUUCCCUUCCCCAUGUCCCCCACAUCCCCCAUAUCCCCAGACCAAAGAGGUUCUCAAAGCAGCUGUGACCAGGCGCCUCCCUACCCCACCCCCAGCUUUAGCACUGCCCUCAUGGGCAGCCACGUGGACCCUCCUUCCAAGGAGGGCAUGGGGGAAUCAGAGUGCAUGGGUUUGAGGACCCAGGCAGCAGGGAGUGUGCUCCCUUUCUGGGAAGCCCCUUGUUGGAGAUGGAGGCGGCAGGCCUGCAGUGCCAGGAUAUGCCCCAGCCCUUCUGGGGGGUCUGGGAUGCUGCUGUUGGCCACCUUAUGUCCAGUUUCUGUGCUCCUAGGCUGUGCAGCCUGAGGGGGCCUGCACGGGUCUGCCGAUGCUGACAGAUCCUGGGCUCCCAGUCUCUCUCCUUCAUGUGGUUGUUUUUCCCCUCCCCGGGGCAGAUUGGCAGGACAAGAGGGAGCAGAUGGCCUGACUGUGGUUGAGAGGGCUACCUGCCCAGCCCCUCCCCCCAAGGUCUCUUGGGCUCAGGCAUCAGAGCCUGGCCUGGUCCUGAGUGUAUGUCUGUGUGUGUGUGUUAGGGGAGGGAAGGGCUGGGGCUGGAAGCUCAGUGCCCAGGACAGAUCUGCUCUCCUGUUCUUAUGGAAAGGAGGAGCCUUCUUAGCUCUACCCUUACCCUUCUGGCCAGAAUUCCGCAGGGCAAUAGCCCCCCCUACUGCUUGGCUAACCCCACACCCAGGGCCACUGUCCAGCUCAAACAGCUAUUAAGUGCAACCUGCCUCUCAGGCACUACCUUUGCCCAGUUUCUGAGGUCAGAUGAGUGUCUGUGAUGUCUUCCUGUGUCUUCCUUCACUCACUUCCCCCAGCCUCCUGCUUUCACGCUCAGAACAUCAUCUUCCCAGGCUGCCUUUUCCUCCAAGUCUCACCUUUCUUCUAGUAGGAAUUCUGCUUGACCUUUGGUGCACUGCCCACUUCCCAGCUCUACCGGCCCAAGUCUGAGCCCGAGGCCCUUGCUUUUGGGGAGCCAGGGAUGGUUUGAUGUGAUUGCCCCUGAAGAACAAGGCUGACCUGAGAGGAACACUGACCUCUUGGUUCCUUGCCAGGCUCUGAUUUGGCUCAGCAUUUGCCCAGGGAGGCCUGGCAUGGCCAUCAGUAGGGGUCGGGACAGCCAAUGUCACUUCCUUCUCUGGGGUCCUUCUCAGAGUCUAUCUCCCCAAGACAGGAAGGGAAAUUCUAAUUUCCCUUCUAAGAAAGUAAAUUCUAAUUCACCAGCAAUAAAAAUUGGAGGAGGCUUGGCCCUCAGUCCUUGUAUUUCUCUUUUUCACUCUCUCUUCCACCCCCAAGAUUGAGCUUGGGGGGGCAGAGUGGAGAGAGUUGGCAACUACUGUGAGCAAGUCCCCCAGCCCCUGACCAGCCUCCUCCCAUGACUGGUGACUGUUUAAUGAGCUGUGCAACCCCCACAAAAACAGGAGUGCCGCUUUCGUGGCCUCCAGCCCUCUGCACAGCCCCUUCUGGGUGGUCCUCAUCAGGUUUCUGAGCUGGAUGGGAGGCUAUCCUGGCAACCACUGCCUAUUCUAUCCCACUCCUCAUUGCACCUGCCCCAGAACCUGGGCCUGGGCCACGGGGCUGGGAGAAAAGAAGGCAUUAGUAGGAAAACUAAAUAAAAAUAGGAACAGACUCAGCUUUGGGAUGUCCAACCACAAAAUAAAUUAUAUAUAAAUAAAUAUAUAGAAUAUAUAUAUCUACCAUAUGUGAUGGAAAGACUUUUCGUUUUCCUUUCCCAAAGAAAUAAAAUGGAGAAAGCCUCUUGAAUGGCA